CGUAGAGCGAAUUAAACCCUACAUCUUCUUAUUCUGAAAGGGUUUCAUACUCGGUGGAGAAGUACGUCACACACUUCGGCAUAUCAUAUAUACAGUUCCAUUUUUCUUUUUUAUAUAGCAUCAUAUACACAGUAUCAUAUUCAUAUAUAGUAUCCAUAUAUAGUUGUAUAUUAAGUAUGGCACGCACCAUUCAAGUACGGACAUCAGCACGCAUUAGCUCUCGUAGUAGCGCACGCUUGGCAGCUGACCCAUCUGCUGACGGUGCAUCGUCGAGCGAAACACCCGCGCCCAAAGCAGUAGUCAAUGCAAGCAAGGCUAAGAAGGGACCUACUAAGGUCGUCAAUAAAGUAUCCGUCGUAUCAUCGGAUGAUGAGGAAAUCUUUAUGAGCGACGUCGCUGUGACUAGCGGAGAGGAAAGCGAGGAAUGGAAUCCCGAGCAAGACAAAAAUGAUAGAAAGGUCAGACGCUCGAUUCGCAAUCGGGGCGCUGCUAGUUCUAUAGCCGCUGCCAGCUCCGAGUCGGAAGAUUACUCAGAUGUUGCUAGCGAGGACCUAUCGAGCGAUGAUAGUUUUAAAAAUAGCAGGAAAAGAGUUAGAAGUAAGUCGACGAGUGCCAGAACUUCUGUGAAAGUGGAGGUUGCAAUAGCCAACGAAGGUACAGGCAAUUCGGAAACACAGGCCAAAUUAGAACAGGAAAUGCUGCGAACGGCCUUGAAGAAGCAGUUCGAGGGACUUGUUGCGGUAUCUCUGGCAAGUGGCAAUACUGUCUCGCGUGUGAAGAGCGAGAAUGAUGUCGAAGCCGCAAAAAGUGUCGGAGAGCUAUCAGAUGUCGAGGUGGAGGAAGUGGUCGUGUCAGAGCGUGAAGUAUCUACAAAAGAAAUUGUGACUAAAGGCAGGAAACGCUUCAGGAAAGUCAAAAUUGACAGUGAGGAAGAUGAAGAACAGGUGGACGCGAAAGGGAAGGGUAUAAAGGGGAAGAAGAAUACAAGAGCUAAGAAACCAAAAGUGAAGAAAUUGACCAGGGAUGAAAAAAUUCACAAGCUUCACCCCGAGGUUCAGGGUGUCUGGGAAGGCUCUGAGAUCGACGCCCGUGUAAAUUUCCUCAGUGAAACGAAUAAGGUAAAGAGAACAUUAAUAGAAGGUGGCCCCAAGAAAGCCGCCCAGCCAGAACAUCUGAAGCUCACACUUCUACCGUUUCAGACUGAAGGCGUGGCGUGGAUGAUAGAUCAGGAGAAAACUGAAUUUCAUGGAGGUAUCCUUGCCGAUGAAAUGGGAAUGGGAAAAACAAUUCAGACUAUCGCUCUGCUGUUAUCAGAUUUCGAGCAGGGACAUACGAGUCUUAUAAUAUGUCCCACUGUUGCGCUUAUGCAAUGGCGUAACGAAGUGCUCAAGCAUGUGAAGGACGAAGCGCUGAAAGUGUGUGUCUUCCAUGGCUCGGGUCGCACGACCAAUCACAAGGACCUGUUGAAGUACAACGUAGUUUUAUCUACUUACAGUGUUCUAGAGAGUGAGUAUAGACGUGAGACAAAGGGAAUGGGUAAAGAGUUGAAGAGGAGCCCGUCUACAUUGCAUAAAAUACAUUGGCAUCGAAUAAUCCUUGACGAAGCACAUAAUAUCAAAGACAGGUCAAGCUCGAGUGCACGAGCGGCUCUUAGUCUCAAUUCCUCUGCAAAGUGGAGUCUCAGUGGAACUCCACUGCAGAAUAGAGUGGGUGAACUGUACUCACUCAUUCGCUUCAUGCGCACAUUUCCCUAUAGCUACUAUUUCUGCUCCAAAUGUGAAUGCAAGUCUCUCUUCUGGAAGUUCACGGAUUACAAACAUUGCGACACAUGUGGAUGCAGUCCGAUGAGUCACUUUUGUUGGUGGAAUAAAGAAAUUCUGAGGCCAAUACAAAAGUAUGGCAAUUACGGCCCUGGGAGAGUUGGAUUUGUGAAGUUAGGUGCUUUAUUGGAGAAGAUCAUGUUGAGGCGGACGAAGCUAGAGAAGGCCGAUGAUCUUGGUUUGCCUCCAAGGAUCGUCGUCAGAAAAAAGGUCUGGUUCAAUGAAGAAGAACUGGAUUUCUACAAAGCUCUUUAUUCACAAUCGCGGACCAAAUUUUUGACGUACGUAUCGGAAGGCGUGCUACUCAAUAACUACGCACAUAUAUUCGAUUUGCUGAUGAAGAUGAGGCAAGCGGCUAAUCAUCCAUAUCUCGUUCUGUAUGGACGUGGGAGGAUAUCAGCUGGUGAUGCGCAAGACGUAUGUGGCGUUUGCCAGGAGGACGCGGAAGAUCCAAUCAGAGCCAAAUGCAAGCACGUGUUUUGCAGAGAGGAUAUUAAAAUGUACCUUCAGAGCAGUAUAGAUGGACAGGUACCCCAAUGUCCGGUCUGCUUUGUGCCCCUCUCCAUCGACCUUAGCCAACCAACUAUAUCACAAUCAUCUGCUGCAAGGGCAGCGGCAUCACAGCAACGGCAGUCAAUUUUAAAUCGUAUGGACAUAGGAGGUUGGAAAAGUUCCUCCAAGGUUGAAGCACUUAUAGAACAAUUGGCUUUGCUGCGAGAGAAGGAAGGAACGACGAUUAAAACAAUCGUAUUUAGUCAGUACGUCAGCUUUUUGGACAUAAUUGAGUGGAGAUUACUGCGUUCAGGAUUCCGAUGUGUGAAAUUGGACGGGCGAAUGAGUCCAGAACAAAGAGCGGCGGUCAUAGAUGCAUUUAUGACAAAUCACACGGUUACUAUUUUCCUCGUUUCGCUUAAAGCAGGUGGUGUCGCACUCAAUUUAACGGAAGCUUCUAGAGUCAUCAUGUGUGACCCCUGGUGGAACCCGGCUGUCGAAAAUCAAGCCAUGGACCGUAUACAUCGACUGGGUCAAACUCGCCCGAUUGAAGUUAUCAGACUUUAUGUCGAGAAUAGCAUCGAAUCACGUAUUAUUGCGCUUCAGGAGAAAAAGCAUCUACUUUUCGAAAGCACCAUCGGUAUGGAUCCCGCUUCCCUUAACCGGUUGAGUGAGGAAGACCUUGGAUUUUUGUUUCAACUGUAGAGGUUCGGCAGUCUGUUUAGUAUUGCGGGUCCACUUGAAAGGGGCUCUAAUAUACUUUGAAAUAUUGAAGUUUCAUUCUAUUUAUAGACGUGAUGGGCUCAGCCACGUGUAAUCGUAUGAUGUUAGUGUCUAUAGCAUACAGGCCAAGAACUGAAAUAGAUUUUACAAUCUUCGAACGGACUUGUAAUCUUAUUGAAAUAAUAUAUCAGAUAAAAAAAAUACCAGCACAUGGAGGCAGGUAGAUUUAAUACAGAUAAGUACGAAAGGAAAACAUGAAUCUUCUAAAUAAAACAUCCC